GAGGUACUGUAAAGUGCAGCGAGGUACUGUAAAGUGCAGCGAGGUACAUCAAAGUGCAGUGAGGUACUGUAAAGUGCAGCGAGGUACAUCAAAGUGCAGCGAGGUACAUCAAAGUGCAGCGAGGUACAUCAAAGUGCAGCGAGGUACAUCAAAGUGCAGCGAGGUACAUCAAAGUGCAGCGAGGUACAUCAAAGUGCAGCGAGGUACAUCAAAGUGCUGCAAAGUACUGCCAAUUUCUCAUUAACCUUUGAUUUCCCAGGUAAUACGUGUCGCUGUGUGAUGGUGGUCUGUGUCUCCAGUUUCCUCUUCCUGUUAUUGCAGUCCUUCUACCAGCUGACUACUGCAACACUGCAACCAGAGUACAACUGUACGUCGUGGCAGAAAGCUCUGGGUCAGCUCGGCCUGGUGAGUCUGACAGGAAGUGAUGCUGGCUCAGCCGUGAGACAGGUGUUUCCAGAUGUUGGCGUGCUGGUCGUUGGUCUGCUGACCUGGAGGCUGAUCGUAAGACUGAACGCCGACACACACACGCAGCCUCAGGAGGAGGGACAGGAGGAGGAGGGGCAGCUGCAGGAGGACCUGAUGUUUGAGGAGGACUCUGUGCUUGGAGAGGAGGAAGAGGAGGAGGAAGGAGGCAGAAAGAGGCUUCUGGUUGAACUGGAGUCACUGGUUUGUAAAACCAGACAGAUUGUAGGAAACAUGACGACCGCUGGAGGGAAAGUCCUGCUGACGGCUCUACUGGGACUCACAGGUAUCAUCUUCCCCUCUCUCUCCUCCCUGCCCUACCUCCUCUGUUUCCAGGUGUUGUGUACCUGGUGGGCGUGGUCAGGCCAGGUCCCACCUCUCCUCUUCAGGGGGGUGUGUGUGAUGUCACUCCUCUACUCCUCCUCCCACUUCUUGCUCCUCUACUGCUACCAGCUUCCCUCAAUGCAGGAGGCGUGGCCUCCCAACCGCACCUCCGCCAGCGUGUUCGGCCUGGUCUCGGUGGGGUCUGUGGACUGUGGCGCCCCCUGGAGGCUGCAGGUGAACUCUGAGCUCAGCUGGUUUCACUUCAGCAGUCCUCUGAUGCUGCUGCUGCUCUACAACACGGUGGCCAGUCUGUGGAGGAACCAGCUGAUAGACGGUGACGGGGGGCGGGGUGCAGAGACUCCAGAGUCAGAGGUCAGAAGGAGCUGUGACAUCAUCACUGCCACCAGCAACCUGAGUGAUGAGGUCAGCAGUGACAUCACAGCGGAGAGGCGGAGAGAGCUAUGGAGGAGAGCUCAUGAUGGGCUCGAGGGCAGAGAGGCGCAGGAGUCAUUAGCCAAUGACAGUCCCUCUGACUCUUUUGCUCCACCCACCCAGAGUACAGCCCUGGGAUUGGAUGUUUCCUCCGCGCUUCACUAUCCUCUCAGCCAGUCAGGUGAGUCUGUGGUUUCAGUCAGAAUGACCCAACGAGGCGACGCUCCUCCUGGUUUAUCAGGAUACUUUAGUAUCCCAGCGUUCAUUUCACACCAGCAGAGACCUGGGUUAGGGGUUAGGUAGAAACUGCUCAGCACGACACCGUCCACGAGGACCUCCUCAUCCAGCAGUGCAGGAAGAAGACCGGCCCCAGGAAACCUGUUCACCGACUGCAACUCAGUUUUCUGCUGAACCACGGUUUUAAUGGCUGAUAAUGUCACAGGUCAGUCAGGUACAGGUGUGUUGAUGAUGAUGUCACAGUCAGGUACAGGUGUGUUGAUGAUGAUGUCA